AUGUCCAGAAAAUAUGUUCUUAAUGAAACGGGAAUCGAGGAUGGGUUAGGGCUACCGUCGUGGAAGCUAGUCCUCGCGCUGCUGGUUAGCUGGAUAUUCGUCUACGUGGUGACCUGCAAGGGUGUGCAGAGCACCGGUAAAGCGGCCUAUUUCCUAGCUCUUUUCCCAUACAUCAUCAUGAUUAGUCUUCUAGUGAGAGCGGUAACGUUGGAUGGAGCGGUGGACGGCAUCAUUUUCCUCUUCAAACCCACAUGGCACAAGAUCUUGGAGCCGGCGGUUUGGGAUUGCACAAUUGUGACGACUCUGGAUCUUUGCACUAGUUUGAUGGCCGGCGCGACUAUCUUCGGAAUCCUGGGCAAUCUCGCCCACGAGAUUGGCAGCGAUGACAUCAGCAGCGUCGUACGCGCCGGAACAGGCCUAGCUUUUGUCUCAUAUCCAGAAGCUUUAGCAAAAUUUACGGUGGUACCGCAGCUCUUCGCUGUGCUUUUUUUCUUGAUGCUUUUUGUGUUGGGUAUAGGUACUACCGUUGCCUUCUGCAAUGUAAUUAUCAGCAUUAUCAAGGACCAAUUUCCGUGGCUCACUCAAUGGAAGAUUGCCGCUGGCGUUGCGAUCUUUGGCUUCGCAAUCGGCAUUGUCUAUUGCACGCCCGGCGGCCAGUACAUUCUCAACUUGAUAGAUUACUUCGGUGGGACCUUCAUUAUCGUGUUUUUAGCUUUCUUUGAAAUGAUGGCUAUUUCCUGGGUAUACGGCGUUGAUAAUUUUAUGGACGAUGUCGAGUUUAUGGUAGGCCGACGACCAUUCUUUUACUGGAGAUUCUGCUGGUGUUAUUUGACUCCCUUGUUCUUGUUCACCAUCUUGAUUUAUUUUCUGAUCGAUAUGACACCACUCACGUAUAACGACGAAUACUAUCCAACAUCCGCAUAUGCUGCGGGUUGGACGCUUUUGGCUAUAGGAAUUCUCCCUUUUCCCUUAGGCAUGAUCAUUGUUGGAUUUCGGAAUAGGAAUGAGACAUGCUUAAAUAUAUUUAAGCCGAGCGCCGAUUGGGGUCCGAAAGAUCUGAAGAAAUAUAACGAAUGGAGGGAUUUUAAGCACUCAAAGAGGAUAUCACGAACGUGUACGAAAAAAUCGAAAAUUAUAGCAACGCUGUUUGGUAAAGAUUGA